AUGCUCCUUCUGCGAAGCUCCAUCCUCGCCCAUCUCCCAUCUUCUUCUCCCGCAUCCCCUGUCCGCCGCCUCCUCUCCGCCACACCGCCCGCCAUUUCCACAAGCCCUAGCUUUGAUGUGCAGGACUACCUCGUCUCCACCUGCGGUCUCACCAGAUCACAGGCCAUCAUGGCCUCCGCCAAGCUCUCCCACCUCAAGUCCCCAACUAAUGCCGAUGCCGUCCUCGCCUUCCUCUCUGGCCUCGGCCUCUGCAGCCCCGAUAUCGCCGCGGUCGUCGCCAGGGACCCGCAUCUCCUCUGCGCCAGCGUGGAGAGAACCUUGGCGCCUGUGGUCGUCGGGCUCUCUGGCCUCGGCUUAUCGCGUUCCGACAUCGCGCGCCUUGCCUCGCUCGCCGCCCACAAAUUCCGCGAAAAAUCUAUCGUCUCCAGUCUGCGGUACUACCUGCGCCUCUUCAGCUCGUCGGAGAACCUCUUCCGGGUGGUCAAGCCCAAUGUCGCGUACCUGCGAGAGUGUGGGUUACGGGAUUACCAUAUUGCUAAGUUAUGCAUCCAAAGACCCAAGAUGUUCACCGCCAACCCAAAGCAUCUCCAGGCAUUGGUGAGAUGUACUGAAAACAUAGGUGUGCCCCGAGACUGUGUGAUGUUCAAGCAUGCGCUGCAUGCUGUUUCAUUUCACAGCGAGGAGGAAAUUAGAACAAGGGUGGAGCACUUGAAGAACACGUUUGGGUGGACGGAUGCUGAGGUAGGCAUGGCUGUUUCUAAAUUUCCAACAUUGCUUAAUAGGUCCAAGGAAUCGCUGCAGCGCAAGUCUGAGUUCCUCAUCUCUGAGGUGGGGCUGGAACCAGCCUACAAUGCUCAUCGUCCAGUAAUGCUUGGUUACAGCCUAGAGGGCCGGGUCAGGCCCCGGUACUACGCUGUAAAGUUUCUCAAGGAAAAUGGAUUGGUAGAUCGGGACCGGGGCUACUAUAAUACACUCAAUAUCAGCGAGAAGGUAUUCAUGGAGAAGUUCAUAUGUCCUCACAAGGAAGCUGCACCCCACCUCGGUGAAGACUAUGCAAUCGCUUGCAGAGGGGAAGUGCCCGCCAGAUUCAGUUUUACAUGAACCAAGACCGGCAUGAAAAGGGUGUGUUCAUUAUCUCAUUCAGUACCGAAGAAAACAUCGCACUGCCAUGAACUUGUUCUCCGUGUCAUAUUGCCACACAUAUUGGAACUAAGAGAGUGUAGAUGCUUUGAAGCAUCCAUGAGUAGUAUUUCUGCACACUCUAUAUCUUUUU